AUGACUGCGAGUUAUAUUCUCAUUCAGAAUAUUAGGGAGUGCGCCCUCUUUAGGCGACACGUUUAUCAUGCUUCUAAAAAGUUGCGAGGCAAAGAAUUAGAAAGAGGAACGAUACUCCAGAAAGAUCCAAAUGACAAAACGCGGUUCGUUGUGGCUGAUCGCAACGAAGUCUUCUUCGAUAGGAGCUGCAUCGAGGGCCUCGACGAUAAGUUAGAACUCCUUCCAGACGCAUUAGCUGAAGACCUUUUGGAGAUUAUUUCUCUGGAGGAACGACUUCGGUUUUUCAACCGAGAAACAAGACGGGUGAGUCAUUUCCACUGAUAAAGACAGUAAGAGUUGAUAUGUUAGUUGCGAUGCAUUAGUCUGGGAGAUCAGACUUUGAAGUAAUUACAGCUGUUAGUGCUUUGAAUUGGGUCUUUCAGUUCUACGUAAUUGGAACCAAACAGCAGUAAAAGUUUUCUGAAAAUUAUCGUUCUAUUGGUAGACAUAAUAUACGUGACGACUACAGUGUCAAUUCAGGAAGUAAAACUUGUAAGUCAGCCCAUUAUGAACGAUGGCUCUAAUUAAAUCAAAUGCUUCUGAUCACACUUUGUCUUGGAAUGUUGUAACUAAUAGUACAUACUUCUUCAUUGCAAAUAUCCAAGAAUAAUCACACCAUAAAGAUCUCGCCUUUUACUGAUAAUACGAAACAGAUAAGCCUAAAAUGGAAAAACAACACAUGAUUGCUAGGCUGGCAUAAAGGUUAAAUCUCAAGGGAUUCUGAAUGAAUGAAAAUUACAAAAAGAUGCCUGUCGCAUCACGAAACGAAUAUUUAUCGCUUAGAUCCAAAUUGUGUCCCGCCGUAAUCCAGGCCAUAAAGUUUUUAACAUGGUGAUGAGUUUCGAAUAAUUUACAUUUGAUGUGAGUUGAUUGCACAUUUUUCACUUGCGUGUUUGCUCACGAGCAUUCAGUCAUAACAUGUUUGAUGACUUGACUGGUUUUCAUUUCAAGUGAUCUAUAUCGGUUGAUAUCUUAGUAAUCAUGUGUCGAAAUAAAAUGCAUUUAUCUCCACUCUUUUCAGUUGAUCUCGAUGUUUCUAUUGACUUUAUGUACAGAAUCUUGAUGAGAAAUUUAGAGAUGUCCUCCAAGCCGGAUCGAUUCUAUUGUCGUAUAACUUUGUGAAAAAAUUGAACGCAAUCAGUUUGAUGCAAAUUGUAUACUCUUAAUGUAUUUGUAUUUAAGUAGCCCAUUAAUAAGCUUUUGCAUCUAUUAAUAGAUGAACGAAACAAUUUAGUUUAGGAUUUUUCUGCAGCUCCAAUUGCAUGUGUUAUCCGGCCAACUGAGAAAACAACAAGUUAGAGGAUAAAGGAGGCUGUUAUCUGUUUUGUCAACGGCGUGAACGUAAAAAAAAUCAAUGAUCUGAGUUGCCCACGAGACAUGGAGCCUUCGGUUUUCGUGCUCUGAUGCUCUUAGUUCUCAAAGUAUCCUGAGCCCACAGAUUGCAAAUUUAUACACAUUAGAUUUAACUAAAUAUACAUUUGGAAUUUCCUAUGAAGAGGGCAUUGUCAGUUUUAACUGACAACAGCAACUUGAUAGGGUGAACAACUCUAACUAUCGAGCUGUCAGUCAAAGAUGCCUGGUACCAGAUGCUGGAAUCAGAGCAGAUAUGGAACAGAUCAUUGAUGAACUAAAUUUAUGUAACAUACGAUUCGUUUGGCUUUUUCUAACUCCUCUCUAAAGUUUUUUGAAUCAGCCAAUAUUCAGAUCUAUACUUCACAGAAAUGUGAUUCAAGAUCAGCUAGCAAAACAAACAAAUUUAGAACAAAGUGCAGGAUCUCAAAACACACAAGGAGGGGUGCAUGAUUCAGAUCAAACCAGAACAAGUUGUAAAACAUUUUAUUUAACCCAGUUAUCAGAGAAACCAAGAGUUAAGUAUAGGUUUCUUUUCAGGAAGGCAAUCGGGAGGACACUUACUCAGAUGCUGAACUGUUGAGACCAAGAGCAUCUUUUACAGAAGGUAUGUACGAUUCUAUCAAAGACAUCAUUUCAGUUAGAUACUGAGUGUAGGUCACGAGGAUGAUUAGGUGGAAUAGUAUGGAAUAGAACUCUCUCUGCCUAGCUUACCGGAAUUAGCACCUUACUAAAUAAAUUUCCGACGAUAGUUAUGUUUGCAUAUCGAUGUUUAUUCGUUUACCUCCACUUUAGAGAAUUAUCGUUUCGUGUAUUUAAACUUUUGCUAUACUUUGAAAUUCAACAUGUGUUCAUGUCAUUCAUGUAACUGCACUUGGUAAAUAAUUUUUUCAUAUUCAAACUUUCUGAUAUGUUUUGAAAAUCACGUGAUCGUUUUAUAGUGUCUCUACUUCCCCCCACCCCCCCCCCCCCCCGCCCUCUUCACCACUGAACAAUCCCACUUGUGUCAUUGUAAAUCUCAGAUGCUGACGGGAAGAUAUCACCCAGAAGUAGACGGUCAGAAUCUAGGUCUACCCGACACGAUGAAGAGCGUCAAAAACUGGAAAAUGAACUAAAAUUACAGAGAGAACAAAUCAAAGACUUGACUGCAAAAAAAGAGGCAGUUAAACAGCAGUUGACCGAAAUUGGUAAGUACUAAUGUAGAUAUGAAUAUGCUUCAGUUUUAAGUACGUUUUCUAAUAAUUCAAGAUUUUUAGAAAGUUGAAUAAAACGGUGCGUAACAUGAAGCAAGGAGUAAAACGAAGCACAGACGUUCAGUUUAUGAAGCGAUUUAUGAACUUAAAGAGCAAGUGAGUUUACUUUAUGUAGUUUACAAUAUGAAGCAAAUGUUAAAUAGCAGAUUCAUUUAAGCUUCGAUUCCACAUGUUUUUAAUUUUACUGAAUUACUGCUCUUUGUGAACAAUUUUUUGAUUUUCGAACGUUCUGAUACGUUUUGAAAUUCGAAUACGAUCCUUUAUACAACUUCUCCUCCUCCACCCCACCACCAUUCAACAAUCCUACUAACGUUAUUAUAAUUUCAGAUGCUGACGGGAGGAGAGCACUCAGAAGUACAUGGUCAGAAUCUACGUCUGCCAGGCAAAAUAAGGAGCGUCAAAAACUGGAAAAUGAACUAAAAUUGCCGAGGGAA